UUGUAUUAUUUUCUCUCCAAUCUCCCUUUUUCUCAUAGUUGUUCAAACUUUUGAACUCUCCUUUGUCCAUAAACUCUAAAUUUCGACUCGGCACGUAAUGGCAUCAAACUCCCCAUGGACGCCUGAAGAAAAUGAGCGAUUCGAGGAUGCUUUAGCUAUGUAUUCCGAGAACACUUCCAACCGGUUUCAUAAGAUAGCCAGGGCAGUAGGGACCAAAACCGUAGAGGAAGUAAGGAGACACUAUGAGAUCCUAGUGAAGGAUAUCAUAAAAAUAGAAACUGACCAAAUACCUUUGCCCAAAUACAGAGUUAUUACAAGCAAUGGCAGAGCAUAUGGUAAUGAACAGAGGCAGCCUAUGAGGAAUGCUAAGCUACAGUGAGCAAAUAUUCAACUACCAUCUGAAGAUCUGAAACUUUUCAGACGCAUAAAUGUAAUAUGUGGUACUGUAAGUGUGAAAGUAGUAAAAAAUAAGGAAAAUACUAUGAUAUGGUAUGUGUAGGUCUUACUGAGUGUAAUUUACUUUGGUUUAAAAUGUAUAAUAUAAUUUGCCUUCUCU